UGGGGAAUAGCUGCCUGCCGGCCUGACGGACUCUGCCAUGACAGUCGGGACAAUGGAGAACGUGGAGGUCUUCACUUCUGAGGGCAAAGGCCGGGGUCUGAAGGCCACCAAGGAGUUCUGGGCUGCGGAUGUCAUCUUUGCUGAGAGGGCUUACUCCGCCGUCGUUUUCGACAGCCUCGUGAACUUCGUGUGCCACACCUGCUUCAAGAGGCAGGAGAAGCUCCAUCGCUGUGGGCAGUGCAAGUUCGCCCACUACUGCGACCGCACCUGCCAGAAGGAUGCCUGGCUGAACCACAAGAAUGAGUGUUCGGCCAUCAAGAGAUAUGGGAAGGUGCCCAAUGAGAACAUCAGGCUGGCGGCGCGCAUCAUGUGGCGAGUGGAGAGAGAGGGCACUGGGCUCACGGAGGGCUGCCUGGUCUCUGUGGAUGACUUGCAGAACCACGUGGAACACUUCGGGGAGGAGGAGCAGAAGGAGCUGCGGGUGGAUGUGGACACGUUCUUGCAGUACUGGCCACCCCAGAGCCAGCAGUUCAGCAUGCAGUACAUCUCCCACAUCUUCGGAGUGAUUAACUGCAACGGUUUCACGCUCAGUGACCAGAGAGGCCUGCAGGCAGUGGGUGUGGGCAUCUUCCCCAACUUGGGCCUGGUGAACCACGACUGUUGGCCCAACUGCACUGUCAUAUUUAAUAAUGGCAAUCAUGAGGCAGUGAAAUCCAUGUUUCACACCCAGAUGAGAAUUGAGCUCCGGGCCCUGGGAAAAAUCUCAGAAGGAGAGGAGUUGACCGUGUCCUACAUUGACUUCCUCAACCUCAGUGAGGAGCGCAGGAAGCAGCUGAAGAAGCAGUACUACUUUGACUGCACGUGUGAGCACUGCCAGAAAGGGCUGAAAGACGAUCUCUUUUUGGGAGUGAAAGAUGACCCCAAGCCUUCUCAGGAAGCAGUGAAGGAGAUGACACAAUUCUCCAAGGAUACACUGGAAAAAAUAGAAAAGGCUCGCUCUGAGGGCUUGUACCAUGAGGUUGUGAAAUUAUGCCGGGAGUGUCUACAGAAGCAGGAGCCAGUGUUUGCGGACACCAACCUCUACGUGCUGCGGAUGCUGAGCAUUGUUUCAGAGGUCCUUUCCUACCUGCAGGCCUUUGAGGAGGCCUCGCACUACGCAAGGAGGAUGGUGGAUGGCUAUAUGAAGCUCUACCACCCCAACAAUGCCCAGCUGGGCAUGGCUGUGAUGCGAGCUGGGUUGACCAACUGGCAUGCUGGAAACAUUGAGGUGGGGCACGGGAUGAUCUGCAAGGCUUAUGCCAUUCUCCUUGUGACACAUGGACCCUCCCAUCCCAUCACCAAGGACUUAGAGGCCAUGCGGGUGCAGACGGAGAUGGAGCUGCGCAUGUUCCGCCAGAACGAGUUCAUGUACUACAAGAUGCGGGAGGCUGCCCUGAACAACCAGCCCAUGCAGGUCAUGGCCGAGCCCAGCAACGAGCCGGCCCCAGCUCUGUUCCAUAAGAAGCAAUGAGGAUCCCCUCAGUGGAGCAGGGGCUAUGUGUUGGGGAACUCGGGAGAAAUUCUGGAGAUGGUGGAUCUCUGUGGAGACCCUUGAUGAGGAAGUCAGGGUAACUCCUGCCUCACUGCUGCUGCUGUAGGAAUGCUCUGCUCUGUGUUCCCCAGUGUCCUUCGGAUGCGAAUCAACUAAUUUCAACUCAACUCUAUCCCAGCUCAGGCCAACUCCUCUUGCAAAUGUUUUUAUUGGGCGCAAAGCCCUAGCACCCCAUAAAGAAGCUCCAAAUGUAGUUGGUGGGGAAGCAAAGGUAAACAGGCACAGUGUAACAGUAAAUGCUGUGGUAAACUGUAUGGACAGAGGGUGUGGGGGGCAUGUGUCUCGUGUGUGUGUGUGCCUGUACAUGUGUGUGCGCUGGGAGUGUCGUGGAGAGGAUGACAUCUGAGCUGAGGGUGGCAGGUGCCUGGAGUCUUGCUCGCCUGUGCAGGUGCCUCUUACUCAGGGUCUGGAAUAUUCAGGAUUUGGCCAAGUUGGGUAAUGCCCAGUUUCUUCAGGUUAGUGUGAAGUUAUGAAGAAGAGGCUAUGUUUGGGCUAUUUAGAAGUGAAAUCUCUUAGGGAUGGUGCAUAUUCAGAAAGAAGUGGGGGCCUUGCCCAAUACCUAAUGUCUCAAUUUAAAGUCUGGGUUCUAAGUAUAAUUCUGGAAAUAUUUCUAGAGAGGGAAGAGAGGGAAGUCUCUACCUCAUUGCCAAGCUCUACCAUGUGGGGGAUAUCUGAGAUUUUCCUGGCCAUUAGCCUAGUAGGAUUGAAGUCUUUCCAGGUGAAGACAAGAGAGAAACUUGGAAACACACAUGCCUGAUGACCACAGGCCCAGAAGAGUGGGCCUUUGUUAGUUUUAUCUGGUAACAUAUGCCCGGGUGGCCUUUACCAGCUUAGACUUUAUCAUUGGCCCCAAUGAAUCACCAGUCUUAGUAUUGAAUGAUUAUUAUAUCUCUGGCUUAAUUUCUUUCUCUGCCCAUGCCCUGAGGGCUUCUGCUUUUUACCACCAGAAGGAACAUUCUAAUCUGGACUCAUACUCCUGGGUUAGGUUUUCUUCAGAGUUUCCAAUUUCUCAUUUCCUAGAAGGCUGUUGUGUGUCCAUCUGAGAAGCGAGUGUCUCGGGAAUCAAUCAAUCCCAAGAUUGGUGUGUUAUCUUCUGAGACUACAAACUUCUCACCAAGGUUUUGGAAGAUCCUGGAACAAAGGUCUCUAGUUGAGGGCAUCACCAAGGGUUCUCCACACCCGGGGCUACUGUAGACUCCAGGAUUCUACUAACUUCUGAAAGUCAAGUGAUUUGGCAUAAUUUCCUAAAAUCUUAGCUCUUUUAUCUCCCUUCUUCUAUCCUGGGGAUAGCCUAUUGCUUUCCUCUGAACCCUGUUAAGUGGCUGGAAACUCUGUAAAUCGGCCACUUCUUUGCAGAAUACUCGUUCA